UAGUCAAGCAGCUGCACUGAAACGCUCCACUUGUGCCUCGUUCAGCCACAUUCCAUAAGCAUGAAAAGCGACGAAAUUAUUGAGAAAAUUCGCAAUAAGCUCAAGGAGUCGGAUCCCGAAAAGCGUACUGUGGUCAACACAUUUCAGUUUAAUUUUACGGAUACCGAUGGCAAACUAAUUAAGAGCAUGGUUUUUGAUUUCAAAGCUCUGGACAUUUAUGAGGGCAAAGCACCUGAUGCCGACGGACGGGUCACAAUAGCCGAUGAGGACUUUUAUUUGGUCGGUACUAAGCAAAAGAGUUUUGAGCAAAUAUUGGAACAGGACAAGGCUUCGGUCGACGGCGAUGCGGAGGCCAUCAACAAAAUGUUGUCAAAAUUUCGUUUGAAUUCGCAAACUAAAAACUGAAACAUUUAAUUAUGCAUUUUUCUGCAAACCACUCUCUCUUGGUGCGGUCCACUUUGAAGUAAUGUGGCAUUUUAAGCUGUAUUUAAUUGCAAAAAUAAAAUA